AUCAAGAUGCCACCUCCUCCAGAUCCUUGGGAUCCCCAGGUCCCUUCCCUUCCAGAAGAUGCCGAACCGUUUUCGCAUAUCAACACCCUUGAUCCGAACGGCCCUGAGGCUUCGCAUUUUCUAGACAAUCUCCACAUAUCUGCUUUUGAGCCUUCCGACUUUGAUUUCUCGUCUCUCAUGGACCUUGAUCAGAUUGAUGAUGCCGCUUUACUAGACAUUCCAGACUUGGAUAUGACCGACAUGUCCAUGAUGCCCAUCGGAGAUUCCACUGCGGCUGAUCUACCCCUCCUUGAGACCAGCGACUUCCAAUCCCCCGCAACGGUUGGUCCCAAUUCAAGCCAGGUCUUCGGCCAAGCCUGGGUUCACGAUGCCCCCGGCGCAGCCGAGUUUGGGUUUCCGUCCAUUGAAGCACCUGUCAAUUUUCCCGGGCCUUCCGAUGCCACGAGCGUCUUGUCGCCUUCGCUUGCUUCCGACAACCUGGGAUUGCCAGAGAACUGUCAUAGCUGGGGGCAUGAUGGAAACGCCAGCCAGCUCCAAAGUAAGUUUGACCAUCUCCAGCGAAAGAGUUUUCAAAGCGGGUAA